AUGGAAAAAAAAAGACAAACAAAUCUGCCCCUAACCAAUGAGGCGACGACGACCCUCAAGGCCUCGACCGCCGGCGACCCUCCGCCGCCGGCGACAUGCUGCGGCUCCGAAAUCUUCUCCUCCCUCUCCUCCGCGCCAGCCCCCAGAUCCCCUCCCCUAUCCACCACGGCGACUGCCGCCUCCUCCUCUCCACCUCCGCCGCCCCCUUCUCCCUCGAGGACUACCUCGUCGCCUCCUGCGGCCUCGCCCCAGCCCAAGGCGUCCAAAUUAUCCGCGAGGGCGUUCAACGAGCUCUCCUCCGCCCACCAUCACCCCCGCUUCGACCCGGACGCCGUCCUCGUCCUGCUCUCCUCCAUCGGCCUAUCCCGCGCCAACAUCGCCGACGUCGUCGCCGUCGAUCCGCUGCUCCUCCGCUGUAAGGUGGACAGGCUCGAGCCCCGCCUCCUCGCCCUUCGCGACCGCGUCGGCCUGUCCGUUCCCCAGAUCGCCAGCUUCCUCGCGGUCGGCUCCCGAGCGGUCCGCAGCUGCCGCGACGUCGGUUCCAAGAUCCAGUUCUUCGUCAACUUCUAUGGCUCGUUCGAGAAGCUACUACUGGUGAUCAAGAAGAACAGCUCCCUCAACCAUCUGACCUCGGAUCUUGGCAGGGUGGUCAAGCCUAAUAUCGCCUUGCCUCGCAGUGCGGCAUGA